AUGGAUAAUAUGGAUAAUAAUUUAUGUUAUGAUAGACAACUAUUUACCAUGAAUUAUUCUCAACCUACCUCAACCCAUUCUUACAACUCUUUCAAUAUGACAACUAACGAAUCACUUGAUUUUUCUAUCGAUAUUGCCGCAGCUCAACCAAUUACGCAACAUCAAGUAUCUUCGUUAGGAAAUGUGAUGAAUAUUUCUGAUUCAUCAUGUAAUACUUAUAAUGCAACAAAUCAAGUUACUAUGCAAUAUCAACAGACUUUGCCAGUUAUGAGUUAUUUAAAAUUUUAUCAUUUCUAUGUUAAUAUUUUUUAUCUCGUAACUUGUAAAAUUAUUUUACAAGAAGAUUCUUCUUUUAACAAUCAUGAUCGUUACAGUCACGAGUUCUUUUAUAAACAUCCAAACUAUCCUUCCACAAGAUAUCAUGUUACUUGCAAAUCACUUCCAAACUGUUUAGUAGAAAAUAUUUUAAAUGAUGAAAUUUGUGGAAUGAAUUUUGAUGUCGAAUUAUUAUCAUUAAAUCAAAAGUUCAAUCUUGAACAAAGCUUGAAACUAAAACUCUUCCAUCGAAUGCAUUGUAAUAGAAAUACAAAUUCAUUUUAUAAUGGCGUUGUGGAUCAUGAAAUGAUAACACAACUCGUUUCAGUAGCAGACAUCCCUUCUGGGUCUCAAGAUGAAUCUCAAUCUUAUGCAAUUUUUAAAGAAAAUCUUUGUAGCUGGACCAGCGGAAAUUCUAUAAUUGAUGAAUUUAUAAGGGAUACUCAAUUAAAUGCUAAUGAAAAGACGAACUAUCUCGAAUGGAUUGAAUUUGAUCAAUUUGAUUUAGUUGAGAAUAUUAAUAAACGAGGUGCCUUCAGUUCAAUUUAUUCGGCCGUUUGGAUGGAAGGUCCAAGGUGGAAUUUAGAUGAAGAAGCCGAAACAUGGAAUCGUUAUGGCCCAAUUAAGGUUAUAUUGAAACGUUUAUGA